UAAUCUACUACAUUCUACCAGAACAAUUGUCAACAAAACAUCAUUGUCAAAUUGACAUUUGAUUUUCGGCGUGCUAACCUGUAGGUUAUAUUUACACGUUUCACCGUAAACUUCUAACUAAAACACUAAAUAAAGGAUGUCUCUACUAAGGAUAAGGAAACCCACAACACAUAAGGGAAAGAAAAUUCUUUUGGCUCGUGAACCACAGAUUCAUGAACCAGCCAAAAACACGCUUUUUAUUGAAGGACGCAAGUGCUCCGGCCCCAUAAAGCAAGCUCUUAAGGAUCUUUACCAUAUCAAGAAGCCUUUGUGCAAAGUCCUUACUCGGAACAAUGAUAUUUCGCCUUUUGAAGAUGCUUCGUCGCUGGAGUUUUUAACAAGGAAGAAUGAUUGCGCCUUGUUCAUGUUCGGCUCGACAUCCAAGAAACGGCCCGACAACUUGAUCCUGGGCCGCAUCUUCGAACACGAACUCCUCGACAUGGUCGAACUCGGCAUCAAAUACUUCCGCGGCUUAGGCGAGUUCAAGAACGAAAAAAUCGGGACAUGCGUGAAGCCCACAUUGAUCUUCAACGGCCCAAAGUGGAACCAAACGGAAGAACUCCGCCGCCUGCGGAACCUCUUCAUCGACACAUUCCACCGCGACACGGUCGAGGCCAUCCGCCUGCAGGGCAUCGAGCACGCGCUCAGCUUCACCGUCACCGAGGACAACACGAUCAUGAUGCGAUCCUACAAAAUUCUCCUGAAGAAAUCGGGCCAGCGGACGCCACGCAUUGAACUCACGGAGAUCGGGCCGUCGAUGGAUUUCACGAUUCGUCGCACGAAACUCGCCUCCGAGGAUCUGUUCAAGCAAUCCAGGAAGCAGCCGCGCGAGGUGAAGGUGACCAAGAAGAAGAAUGUGGAGCCCGACGAGCUGGGAAACGUGCACGGAAGGAUCCAUGUGGGCAAGCAAAACAUCGAGAGUUUGCAGACGAGGAAGAUGAAAGGCUUGAAGAAGACCCCGGAGGAGCGCAAGGCGGAGCGACUGAAGCGGAAAGUUGCCUUGAAACAGGCGAAGUUGAAGGAGAGUUUGUGAGCAUUUUUAUUUACUUGAAUUUACUGUUAUCGAUUAAGGUUUAUCUGUUAAGAGACAUUUUAAUACAAAUUCAACAAAGAA